AUGCCUAAAUUUGUCCGGCGUCAGCCCCUCGCUGAGCGAAUUAAAGCCUACCUCAAUCCCUACGAUUUCCUCCUCUGGCUGUCUGAAGAGAUCGAAUCAAAUGGUUGGGACCAGCUUGAAAAAGAGUGGGCUACACCCAUUGGCAUUGCCUUGAAUUUCAUGUUUCUCAUCGCUCGGGCGAACUCCAAAGCGUCUACCAAGGGCUAUGACGACGUGUUCGGAGACGUCCCAAGAAUUGCAUGGACAGCGUGGCUGGCAACCUUCAUUGUCCAUUUCUUGACCUUGGUGUGCAUAGUCAAUGCCGUCUACACGUUCUGGCGGAAGAAGCAUUACCGUUUAUUCGAAAACUCUGUGGAUAAUGUCCCGAGCACACCCUCUGCGAAACGCGUCCGAGUCGAUUCUUCUCCCGUCUCGUCAUCCCCUUUACGGUUCCUUUCGAGUAUCCUAGGCACAGAGUCGGCUCAAUCAAGAGCACAUCCGGAUCCAGUCCGUGACGUAUGGGAGGUCGCUGUUUGGGAUCCUUUGCCGGUCUCUCUGCGCCUGUUUUGCUAUUUCAGUCCUGGCCAUGUGCUCAUAUACUGGCUCUUCUUGCCUACCCUAGCUUCGGACCCUCGACCAAGCGUCACGAUUGUAACAGCCAUGUUCUUAGCUUUGCUUCUAUCUGCACAGCUGUCUUUUCUACAGUCAAGCUACUCUACGCAAAUCAAAGACACCGCGUUCAUUUCGAAAGAGGUCAUGCACGAAUACGACACAAAAUACGUAAGACCGAGAACACAACAUCUAUACAGGGAUGUUGGGACGCAGUUCAGCGAGCAAGCGUCCUACAGCGCUGCUCGUGAUGAACAGUACAACAAGGUCGAGGUGUAUACACCAAUGGUGGUCAUUAACCGUGGCUUUAAGACUCACCCAAAUCCGAACUACUCCCAGCACACCAAUCCAGAUGGUGUUCUGAGCUCAAAAGAAGUCAGGCAGCGUAUAUCAACGCCGGAUUUCAGGUCGCCCGCUCCCCUUGCUCAGGCCGGGUCGGCUUUGAGGCCUUUGAACGCCAUACGACAGCCCAAUUUUCGACCAACGGCAUCGGCUUCCGGUAGUGAUGGAGGAAGUCUCGGUGUUUACUCCCACGCAGCUUCUCCUCUGCGAAAGAGCGCGUCUACCAAUUUCUCGCGUGAAAGGACGUCUCAAAGUCCAGAGAAGCGGUCGGUGAGCCCAGACAAACGUAUGAGCGUGCCAACAGGCGGCGUCAAUACUCUGGCGGCAUCGCAGCGAUGGGGUUACCUGAAACCCGAUAGACACAGACGGGAGAGUGGUCGUUUUUAG